AGUUUAGACUUGCCCAAGGCUUCCCAGCUUGGGGUGGGUCCAGGUACGGGCCAGGGGGAAAAAGAAGGAAACGCGCCCUCGCUCGUGCAUUUUUGCAGUCGACCGCGCCGACCUUCAACAGUGGGGCUAGGGGUGGUGUCACCUCCACUUGCUGGUGGCUCCUGCACAGGUCAUGCCGUUGUCUCCUGACCCAGCUGGCCCUGCCAGGUGACCAUGCCCGGCCUCGGCCCCGGCCUUCUCCAGGUGCUCUGGGCUGGGUGGGUCCUCGCCCUCCACGCCCCUCCACCGGCUGCUUUCACUCCCAACGGCACACAUCUGCAGCACCUGGCACGGGACCCCACCUCCGGCACCAUCUACCUAGGGGCCACCAACUCCCUGUUCCAGCUGAGCCCGGAGCUGCAGCUGGAGGCCGCGGUGCCCACCGGCCCCGUGCUAGACAGCAGGGACUGCCUGCCGCCCGUGGUGCGGGAUGAGUGCCCCCAGGCCCAGCCCACCGACAACCCGAACCAGCUGCUCCUGGUGAGCCCGGGGGCCCUGGUGGUGUGCGGGAGCGUGCACCAGGGGGUCUGCGAGCAGCGGGCCCUCGGGCAGCUCGGGCAGCUGCUGCUAAGGCCAGAGCGGCCUGGGGACACCCAGUAUGUGGCCGCCAACGACCCUGAGGUCAGCACCGUGGGACUGGUGGCGCAGGGCUUGGCCGGGGAGCCCCUGCUGUUCGUGGGCCGGGGGUACACCAGCAGGGGCGUGGGGGGCGGCAUCCCUCCCAUCACAACCCGGGCCUUGCGGCCGCCGGACCCCCAGGCUGUCUUCUCCUACGAGGAGACGGCGAAGCUGGCCGUGGGCCGCCUCUCUGAGUACAGCCACCACUUUGUGAGCGCCUUCGCGCGUGGGGACAGCGCCUACUUCCUGUUCCUGCGGCGGGACCUGCAGGCCCAGUCCCGAGCCUUCCGCGCCUACGUGUCCCGCGUGUGCCUCCGGGACCAGCACUACUACUCCUACGUGGAGCUGCCCCUGGCCUGCCAGGGCGGCCGCUACGGGCGGAUCCAGGCCGCGGCCGUGGCCACGUCCAGGGAGGUGGCCCGGGGGGAGGUGCUCUUCGUAGCCUUCUCCUCGGCCGCUUCGCCCUCGGUGGGCCGGCCGCCGCCGGCGGCCGCGGGGGUGUCGGGGGCCUCUGCCCUCUGUGCCUUCCGCCUGGACGAGGUGGACCGCCUCGCCAACCUCACGCGAGACGCCUGCUACACGCGGGAGGGCCGCGGCGAGGACGGGGCCGAGGUGGCCUACAUCGAGUACGACGUCAACUCGGACUGCGCGCAGCUGCCCGUGGACACCCUGGACGCCUACCCCUGCGGCUCAGACCACACGCCCAGCCCCAUGGCCAGCCGUGUCCCCCUGGAAGCCACGCCAGUUCUGGAGUGGCCAGGGGUUCAGCUAACAGCGGUGGCAGUCACCAUGGAGGAUGGACACACUGUUGCUUUCCUGGGUGACAGUCAAGGGCGGCUGCACAGGGUGUACUUGGGCCCGGGAAGUGAUGGCCACCCAUACUCCACGCAGAGCAUCCAGCAGGGGUCUGCGGUGAGCAGAGACCUCAUCUUUGACGGGGCCUUCGAGCACCUGUACGUCAUGACCCAGAGCACACUUCUCAAGGUUCCCGUGGCCGCCUGUGCACAGCACCUGGACUGCGAGUCGUGUCUGGCCCACAGGGACCCCUACUGUGGGUGGUGUGUGCUCCUCGGCAGGUGCAGUCGCCGUUCUGAGUGCUCGCGGGGCCAGGUCCCAGAGAGGUGGCUGUGGAGCUUCCAGCCUGAGCUGGGCUGCCUGCAGGUGGCAGCCGUGAAUCCAGCCAACAUCAGCCGAGAGGAGAGGAGGGAGGUCUUCCUGUCCAUACCUGACCUGCCGCCCCUACGGCCGGGGGAGUCCUACUCCUGCCACUUCGGGGAACACCAGAGCCCUGCCCUGUCGACCAGUUCUGGUGUGACGUGCCCCUCCCCAGACCCUAGCGGGGCCCCGGCGCUGCCAAGAGGAGCCGACCACGUGUCCGUGAGCGUGGAGCUCAGGUUUGGCGCGGUCGUGAUCGCCAGAUCUUCUCUCUCCUUCUACGACUGUGUGGCCGUCACCGACCUCCACCCGUCUGCACAGUGCCAGGCCUGCGUGAGCAGCCGCUGGGGGUGUCACUGGUGCGUCUGGCAGCACCUGUGCACGCACAAGGCCUCGUGCGACGCCGGGCCCAUGGUGGCCAGCCGGCAGAGCCUGCUUCUGCCCUCAGCCCCUCCCGCGAUAGGUGCACCCACCCCCUCCCCACCUGCCGCCCCCGAAGCCACCACGGUCACCCCGACUCCUGACACCCUUCCCGCGGAGCCUGAGGCUCCCUCCUCAGCCACAGCUUCAGACGCCCCGCCUGAGGCCAGUCCUUCCCUGCCCUGGGCAGGUCCCAGCCCCACAAUGGCCUCACCUGCCUCGGCCUCCACAGAGUCUCCCCUCCACGAGGAGCCCCCCCCUCCCAGCUCCCCGGACAGACCUGGAACCGCUGUCCCCGCUGUCACCGACCUCGAACCCGUGGCCACGCCCGAGGACCUCUCGGCCUCCCACCCGUCGCCCUCAGACGCAGUGGCGCUGCCCUCUGCCCCCGCAGACCCCGGCCCCGGGGCCUCCCCCACUGCGGUGCCCCAGGACCAGCCCCCCAGCACGGCUCCCGCCACCGCUCUCCCAGGGGCCGCCGGCUCCGCGAAGCCCGCUCCGGACUGGCUCACGAAAGAAGGCGGCGAGCUGCCCGAGGCGGACGAGUGGACGGGGGGUGACGCACCCGCCUUCUCCACUUCCACCCUCCUCUCAGGUGAUGGAGACUCGGCCGAGCACGAGGGCCCGCCGGCCCCCCUCAUCCUCCUGUCCGGCCUCGACUACCAGUACGACACCCCCGGGCUCUGGGAGCUGGACGAGGUGCGCGGGGGGCCCAGCUCCUGCCCUUGUGUGGAGAGCGUUCAGGGCUCCACGCUGAUGCCGGUGCACGUGCAGCGACACCUGCGGCUGCUGGGCAGGAACCUGCGCCUCUUCCAGGACAGCCCCGGAGACCAUGAGUGUGUGAUGGAGCUGGAGGGCCGCCAGGUGGCGGUGGCAGCCCAGGUCGAGUGUGAGCCUCCUCCAGACACGCGGUGCCGUGUCACGUGCCAGCAGCUGCAGCUCAGCUACGACACUCCGCAGCCGGAGCUCCACGUGGGGCUGUUCCUGCGCCGGGCCGGCCGCCUGCGUGUGGACAGCGCCGAGGGGCUGCACGUGGUGCUCUACGACUGCUCCGUGGGCCACGGGGACUGCAGCCACUGCCAAACCGCCAUGCCCCAGUACGGCUGCGUGUGGUGCGAGGGCGAGCAUGCGCGCUGCGUGGCCCGGGAAGCCUGUGGUGGCGCCGAGGCUGUGGCCUCCCAGUGCCCGGCCCCCCUCAUCCACUCGGUGGAGCCGCUGACCGGGCCGGUGGACGGAGGCACCCGCGUCACCAUCAGGGGCUCCAACCUGGGCCAGCACGUGCAGGACGUGCAGGACACGGUCCGGGUGGCCGGAGUGCCCUGCGUGGUGGACGCUCAGGAGUACGAGGUCUCCAGCAGCCUUGUGUGCGUCACUGAGGCCAGCGGGAGGGAGGUGGCAGGCGCUGUGACCGUGGAGGUGCCAGGACGCGGACGUGGCGUCUCGGAGCACGACUUCGCCUACCAGGACCCAAAGGUGCAUUCCGUCUUCCCCUUGCGAGGUCCCAGAGCCGGGGGCACGCGCCUCACCCUGCACGGCUCCAAGCUCCUGACCGGGCGGCUGGAGGACAUCCGAGUGGUAGUUGGAGACCAGCCUUGUCACCUACUGCCGGGGCAGCAGGCAGAGCAGCUGCAGUGUGCGACCAGCCCCCACCCCGCGCCUGCCACGCUCCCCGUGGCUGUGUGGUUUGGGGCCACCGAGCGGAGGCUUCAGCACAGCCAGUUCGAGUACACACCGGACCCCAACGUCACCUCUGUCGGCCCCACCAGGAGCUUCCUCAGUGGGGGACGUGAGAUCCGGGUCCGUGGCCAGAAUUUGGACGUGGUGCAGACACCAAGGAUCCGGGUGACCGUGGCACCAAGAGCGCUGCAGCCGGGCCAGGGGCCUGGGCAGAGGCGCCACGUGAUCCCGGAGACCGCGUGCGCCCCCGGAGCCUCCUGUGGCGAUCAUCACUUUGAGGAGCUCUGCCACGUGAACUCCUCCCGGCUCAUCACCUGCCGCACGCCCGCCCUCCCGGGCCUGCCCGAGGACGCCCGGGUCCAGGUGGAGUUUAUCCUCGACAGCCUGGUCUUCGACUUCGCCACGCUGAACCCUACGCCCUUCUCCUAUGAGGCUGACCCCACUCUGCAGCCCCUCAACCCCGAGGACCCCACCACGCCGUUCCGGCACAAGCCCGGGAGUGUGCUCUCUGUGGAGGGGGAGAAUCUGGACCUUGCAAUGUCCAAGGAGGAGGUCGUGGCCAUGAUAGGGACCGGCCCCUGCGUGGUGAAGACGCUGACCCGGCACCACCUGUACUGCGAGCCCCCCACGGAGCAGCCCCUGCCCCUCCGGGAUGCACCUGAGGCGCUGCCCGAGUUCACGGUCAGUGGGCCGGGCCUGGGCGGGGCCAGGCGUCGGGCAUGCGCGGAAGCCUCGCUCAGGGCAGCGUCCUCGUGCAGGUGGGUGCCUCCGGGUGAGGCCGGGCUGGGAGCGACAGACGAGGCCAGGGGCCGGCACGCUUCCUGUAAAGGUCCAGAGAGGUUUUGCACGCCCAGGCGGUCGCUGCUGCCACUGCCCGGCUCUUCCAUUGGAGCGCAAAGGCGGCGGAGGAAGAGCAAGCAGGCCCUGAGGGACUACAAGAAGGUCCAGAUCCAGCUGGAGAACCUGGAGAGCAGCGUGCGGGACCGCUGCAAGAAGGAGUUCACCGACCUUAUGACCGAGAUGACGGAUCUCACCAGCGACCUUCUGGGCAGCGGCAUCCCCUUCCUCGACUAUAAGGUGUACGCCGAGCGGGUCUUCUUCCCGGGGCACCAGGAGUCGCCCUUGCACCGGGACCUGGGCGUGCCCGAGAGCAGGCGGCCCACCGUGGAACAAGGCCUGGGGCAGCUCUCCAACCUGCUCAACAGCAAGCUCUUCCUCACCAAGUUCAUCCACACCCUGGAGAGCCAGCGCACCUUCUCGGCGCGGGACCGCGCCUACGUGGCGUCUCUGCUCACCGUGGCGCUGCACGGGAAGCUCGAGUACUUCACCGACAUCCUCCGCACGCUGCUCAGUGACCUGGUGGCCCAGUACGUGGCCAAGAACCCCAAGCUGAUGCUGCGCAGGACGGAGACCGUGGUGGAGAAGCUGCUCUCCAACUGGAUGUCCAUCUGCCUCUACACUUUCGUCAGGGACGCGGUCGGGGAGCCUCUGUACAUGCUCUUCCGCGGGAUUAAGCAUCAAGUGGACAAGGGGCCGGUCGACAGCGUGACCGGUAAAGCCAAGUACACCCUGAAUGACAACCGCCUUCUCAGAGAGGACGUGGAGUACCGCCCCCUGACCUUGAAUGCACUGUUGGCCGUGGGGCCGGCGGCGGGCGAGGCCCAGGGCGUGCCUGUGAAGGUGCUGGACUGUGACACCAUCUCCCAGGCCAAGGAGAAGAUGCUGGACCAGCUUUAUAAAGGGGUGCCUCUCGCCCAGCGGCCAGACCCCCGCACCUUAGAUGUCGAGUGGCGGUCUGGGGUGGCCGGACACCUCAUUCUCUCGGACGAGGACGUGACUUCUGAGGUCCAGGGUCUGUGGCGGCGGCUGAACACCCUGCAGCAUUACAAGGUCCCAGAUGGAGCAACGGUGGCCCUGGUGCCCUGCCUCACGAAGCACGUUCUUCGGGAAAACCAGGAUUAUGUCCCCGGAGAGAGGACCCCGAUGCUGGAGGACGUGGACGAGGGCGGCGUCCGGCCCUGGCACCUGGUGAAGCCGAGUGAGGAGCCGGAGCCGCCCCGGCCGAGGAGGGGCAGCCUUCGGGGCGGGGAGCGCGAGCGAGCCAAGGCCAUCCCGGAGAUCUACCUGACCCGCCUGCUGUCCAUGAAGGGCACCCUGCAGAAGUUCGUGGACGACCUGUUCCAGGUGAUCCUCAGCACCAGCCGCCCCGUGCCACUCGCCAUCAAGUACUUCUUUGACCUGCUGGACGAGCAGGCCCAGCAGCACGGCAUCUCCGACCAGGACACAGUCCACAUCUGGAAGACCAACAGCCUGCCACUGAGGUUCUGGGUCAACAUAAUCAAAAACCCGCAGUUCGUGUUCGACGUGCAGACGUCCGACAACAUGGACGCGGUGCUCCUGGUCAUCGCGCAGACCUUCAUGGACGCCUGCACUCUGGCCGACCACAAGCUGGGCCGGGACUCCCCGAUCAACAAACUGCUGUAUGCGCGGGACAUCCCCCGUUACAAACGGAUGGUGGAAAGGUACUACGCAGACAUCCGACAGACCAUCCCGGCCAGCGACCAAGAGAUGAACUCCAUCCUGGCCGAGCUGUCCCGGAACUACUCUGGGGACCUGGGGGCGCGCGUGGCCCUGCAUGAACUCUACAAGUACAUCAACAAAUACUAUGACCAGAUCAUCACCGCCCUGGAGGAGGACGGCGCCGCCCAGAGGAUGCAGCUGGGCUACCGGCUGCAGCAGAUGGCCGCGGCCGUGGAGAACAAGGUCACGGACCUGUAGGGGCCCGGCGAGCCCUGCCGUCGCCUCGGCCCUGCCGGAACCUCGAGGGAGAAACCACCUUCUUAGAUGCCUGUAGUGCCUGAUGAGCCGAAUUAGUGGGAGGUGGCCCCUGUCUCCUGGUGGCGCUGGCCUGGGCCCUGCUGGACUCACCUCGCGGGCCUGGGGCCCUGCGGCCGAUGGGGUGGUGGCCUGCCUGCUCCCCGAGCCCAGCGACCCCGUGAGCUGUGGGCUGCGUGACCUCAGUCGGCGGGGGGUCGGGUAUGAAGGCCCCCCAACCCCUGGGCAGAUUGGACUGUUCCUGAACACUGCCCUUAACUCCACCGGGGUUCAGAGAGGAAGGAGGGGGGCAUGGGCUGUCCGGCCCUCCCCGCCAUCAGCUCUGACCUCAGCAUAGCCGCCCCCGGCCUUUGCUGCUGCCACCACCCCGGGUCCGAGCGAUGAACGCCUUUCCUAGGCCGCUGCGAACUGAGCCCUCAGAAGGGCUGACCGCCUUGGGGCCACCCUGCCUCGGACGCAGCCAGUGGCAAGGGGUGCCUGUUUGGGGGGGGCCUUGGGGAGAACGGUGGCCACACUGACCCAGCUCUUCAUUAAAGGGUAACACACUG